UUGCUUUAAAAGCAUCCUUGCAUUAUCAGAUAGAAAUCAGUAACAAAGUUACAUUCGAACGAAAACGAUGGCAACUUCUAAAUUAAUCGGAUUCUUUAUCCUGCUAGUGUUUGGCGCAUUAGCAACAGGAUCACCCAUAAGCCCAGUCAGCAUUGCAGUUUCUGAUUCCUCUAUACCACCAACAGAACCAAAAUCGGUAUCAAUAUCAGUUGAACCAGUUCUAUCAGUACCGGAACCAGAAUUCAUAAUAAAAUCUGAUCCCAUAACAGAGGGGCCUGCAGUUGCUGCCGCUCCACUAGAUUUCGCAUUAUCUGCAAUAGAUGAUGUAGCAACUUUAAUAGAUCCAGUUCCAUUAGUGGAUGUAGCAGUUCCAACAAAACCAGCAGUUCCAGUAGACGUUGCUGCGCCCAGUGACAUAACACUUCAAGUUGAUAUCGCAGCAGCAGAUACCGCAGUCGUUCCAACAGAUGUAGCCGCCUCAGCAGAUCCUGCAGUGGCAGUUGAUCCUGCAGUAUCAGUAGAUCCUGCAGUGGCAGUUGAUCCUGCAGUAUCAGUAGAUCCUGCAGUGUCAGCAGAUCCUGCCGUAUCAGUAGAUCCUGCCAUUCAAUCAAAUACUGAUACUGCAAUUGCAGUAGAAGCAUUGGUUCCAGCAGAUGACAUAGUACUUGUAGAUCCAGUACCUCAAGUUGAUGCUGGUGUCCCAGUAGACACAACGGUACAAGAUAAUAUUGCAAUUUCAGUGGAUGUAGCAGCUACUGCCGAAUCAACCAUUCCUACAGAAAUAGCGUCCCCGACUGACGCGGUAGCCCAAGAUGACAUUGUAAUUCCAGUUGAUGUUAUACUUUCUGCAGAUACCUCAGCAACAGCUGAUCCUGCAUCUGCUUCAGGAGAUCCUACACUUGCUGCCGUUGAACCAGCUGCCGCUCCUGCAGAUCCAGCAGCUACUCCAAUAGAUCCUACUGCCUCUGUGGAUGCCGUAGUCUCCUCAGUUGACCCUGCGCUCGCCUCAGUUGAUUCGACAGCUGCUUCUACAAGCUCCUCAGCUUCAGUUAACAUAACAACAUCAGACGAUGGUACAGCUCUAGUAGAUUCUACAGUCGCUGUUGAUCCUUCAGUUGCUCCAGGUGACCCACUAGCUGCUUCAGCUGAUCCAGCAGCAGCUCCAGUAGAUGCUCCCGCCGCUACUGAUCCUGCAGCUGCUCCUGUUGAUCCUGUAACUGGUCCAGUUGAUCCUCCACUCGCUCCAAUUGAUCCUGCACUCGCUCCAGUUGAUCCUGCACUCGCUCCAGUUGAUUCGACAGCUGCUUCUCCAAGCUCCUCAGCUCCAGUUGACACAGCCGCUGUUGAUCCUUCAGUUGCACCGAUUGACCCAGUAGCUGCUCCAGCUGAUCCAGCUGCAGCUCCAGUUGAUUUAACAGCUGCUUCUCCAACCUCCUCAGCUCCAGUUGACACAACAACAUCAGACGAUACGGCAGCUCCAGUAGAUCCGACAGCCGCUGUUGAUCCUUCAAUUGCACCGGUUGACCAAAUACCUGCUCCAGCUGAUCCAGCACCGGUACCAGCAGGAGCUCCAGUAGAUGCUACCGCCUCUGCUGAUCCUGCAGCUGCUCCUGCUGACCCUGUAACUGGUCCAGUUGAUCCUCCACUUGCUCCAGUUGAUCCUGCACUCGCUCCUGUUGAUCCUGCACUCGCUCCAGUUGAUUCAACAUCUGCAUCUCCAAGCUCCUCAGCUCCAGUUGACACAACAACAUCAGACGAUGCUGCAGCUCCAGUAGAUCCUACAGCCGCUGUUGAUCCUUCAGUUGCACCGGUUGACCCAGUAGCUGCUCCAGCUGAUCCAGCAGCAGCCCCGGCAGGAACUCCAGUAGAUGCUCCCGCCGCUACUGAUCCUGCAGCUGCUCCUGUUGAUCCUAUUUCAGGUCCAGUUGACCCUGCACUCGCUCCAGUUGAUUCAACAGCUGCUUCUCCAAGCUCCUCAGCUCUAGUUGACACAACAACAUCAGACGAUGCUUCAGCUCCAGUGGAUCCUACAGCCGCUGUUGAUCCUUCAGUUGCACCGGUUGACCCACUAGCUGCUCCAGCUGAUCCAGCAGCAGCUCCAGUAGGAGCUCCAGUAGAUGCUCCCGCCGCUACUGAUCCCGCAGCUGCUCCUAUUGAUCCUGCACUCGCUCCAGUUGAUCCUGCACUCGCCCCAGUUGAUUCGACAGCUGCUUCUCCAAGCUCCUCAGCUCCAGUUGACACAACAACAUCAGACGAUGCGGCAGCUCCAGUAGAUCCCACAGCCGCUGUUGAUCCUUCAGUUGCACCGGUUGACCCACUAGCUGCUUCAGCUGAUCCAGCAGCAGCUCCAGUAGGAGCUCCAGUAGAUGCUCCCGCCGCUACUGAUCCUGCAGCUGCUCCUGUUGAUCCUGUAACUGGUCCAGUUGACCCUGCGCUAGCUCCAGUUGAUUCGACAGCUGCUUCUCCAACCUCCUCAGCUCCAGUUGACACAACAACAUCAGGCGAUGCUGCAGCUCCAGUAGAUCCUACAGCCGCGGUUGAUCCUGCAGUUACACCGGUUGACCCAGCAGCUGCUCCAGCUGAUCCAGCAGCAGCCCCAGCAGGAGCUCCAGUAGAUGCUCCCGCCGCUACUGAUCCUGCAGCUGCUCCUGUUGAUCCUGUAACUGGUCCAGUUGACCCUGCGCUAGCUCCAGUUGAUUCGACAGCUGCUUCUCCAACCUCCUCAGCUCCAGUUGACACAACAACAUCAGGCGAUGCUGCAGCUCCAGUAGAUCCUACAGCCGCGGUUGAUCCUGCAGUUACACCGGUUGACCCAGCAGCUGCUCCAGCUGAUCCAGCAGCAGCCCCAGCAGGAGCUCCAGUAGAUGCUCCCGCCGCUACUGAUCCUGCAGCUGCUCCUGUUGAUCCUGUAACUGGUCCAGUUGACCCUGCACUCGCUCCAGUUGAUUCAACAGCUGCUUCUCCAAGCUCCUCAGCUCCAGUUGACACAACAACAUCAGACGAUGCUGCAGCUCCAGUAGAUCCCACAGCCGCUGUUGAUCCUUCAGUUGCACCGGUUGACCCAGUAGCUGCUCCAGCUGAUCCAGCAGCAGCCCCAGCAGGAGCUCCAGUAGAUGCUCCCGCCGCUACUGACCCUGCAGCUGCUCCUGUUGAUCCUGUAACUGGUCCAGUUGACCCUGCACUCGCUCCAGUUGAUUCGACAACAUCAGAUGAUGCGGCAGCUCCAGUAGAUCCCACAGCCGCUGUUGAUCCUUCAGUUGGACCGGUUGACUCAGCAGCUGCUUCAGCUGAUCCAGCUGCAGCUCCAGUUGAUUCAACAGCUGCUUCUCCAAGCUCCUCAGCUCCAGUUGACACAACAACAUCAGACGAUACGGCAGCUCCAGUAGAUCCCACAGCCGCUGUUGAUCCUUCAGUUGCACCGGUUGACCCAGUAGCUGCUCCAGCUGAUCCAGCAGCAACUCCAGUAGGAGCUCCAGUAGAUGUUCCCGCCGCUACUGACCCUGCAGCUGCUCCUGUUGAUCCUACAGCAGCCCCAGCAGACCCAGCACAUGCUCCAGUUGAUCCAACAGCUGGACCUCCAAACCCCUAA